AUGAAAGAAGAGCUUACAAAACCAUGUGAAGGGGUAAGGCGACCACGACUUGAUGCCGCGAUGGAGCGACGCGAAUCUAUGGUCGCUUGGAGAGCUGCUGGAAUUAACUAUGUGCGCUUCUCCCAGAUUGCAGCGGAAGUCACCAGGAAGUGCACCAAACGCGCACCUAAAGCGGCUGAAGUGAAAACGUCGCCAGCUACAUUGAAA